CGGGCCGCGCGCGAGCGCUGCGGUGGGAGGUGGCGACGAGCCGGUUGAGGCCCCCAGCUCGGCCUCACCACGAUGUGGCACGAGGCUCGGAAGCAUGAGCGGAAGCUUCGAGGCAUGAUGGUUGACUAUAAGAAGAGAGCAGAGCGGCGGCGGGAGUACUAUGAAAAGAUUAAGAAGGACCCAGCGCAGUUCCUGCAGGUGCAUGGCCGAGCGUGCAAGGUGCACCUGGAUUCUGCAGUCGCCUUGGCCGCCGAGAGCCCUGUUAACAUGAUGCCCUGGCAGGGGGACACCAACAACAUGAUUGACCGCUUCGAUGUCCGCGCCCACCUUGACCACAUCCCCGACUACACCCCCCCGCUGCUCACCACCAUCUCCCCAGAACAGGAGUCAGACGAGCGGAAAUGUAACUACGAGCGCUACCGAGGCCUGGUGCAGAACGACUUUGCCGGCAUCUCAGAGGAGCAGUGUCUGUACCAGAUCUACAUUGACGAGCUGUACGGAGGCCUCCAGAGGCCCAGUGAGGAUGAGAAGAAGAAGCUGGCAGAGAAGAAGGCUUCCAUUGGCUACACCUACGAGGACAGCACCGUGGCUGAGGUAGAGAAGGUAGCGGAGAAGCCAGAGGAGGAGGAGUCACCAGCCGAGGAGGAAAGCAACUCGGACGAAGAUGAGGUCAUCCCCGACAUCGACGUGGAGGUGGAUGUGGACGAACUGAACCAGGAACAGGUGGCAGAUCUCAACAAGCAGGCCACAACUUACGGCAUGGCCGACGGCGAUUUUGUCAGGAUGCUCCGGAAAGACAAAGAGGAGGCGGAGGCGAUCAAGCACGCCAAGGCCCUUGAGGAAGAGAAGGCCAUGUACUCGGGCCGUCGCUCCCGGCGCCAGCGGAGGGAGUUCCGGGAGAAGCGACUGAGGGGCCGGAAGAUCAGCCCACCCAGCUACGCCCGCCGAGACAGCCCCACCUACGACCCCUAUAAGCGGUCGCCCUCCGAAUCUAGCUCCGAGUCCCGCUCCCGCUCGCGCUCCCCGACCCCAGGCCGUGAGGAGAAGAUCACGUUCAUCACCAGUUUUGGGGGCAGCGACGAGGAGGCGGCAGCAGCCGCAGCGGCAGCAGCCGCAUCUGGGGCCACCACAGGGAAGGCCCCCGCACCCCCCCAGCCCGGCGGCCCCGCACCGGGACGUAAUGCCAGCGCCCGCCGCCGCUCCUCCUCCUCCUCCUCCUCCUCCUCUUCUGCCUCGAGGACCUCCAGCUCCCGCUCCAGCUCCCGCUCCAGCUCCCGCUCCCGCCGCGGCGGGGGCUAUUACCGCUCUGGCCGCCACGCGCGCUCCCGCUCCCGGUCCUGGUCCCGCUCUCGGUCCCGCUCCCGGCGCUAUUCGCGGUCCCGUAGCCGCGGCCGGCGGCACUCGGGUGGGGGCUCCCGAGAUGGACACCGGUACUCCCGCUCGCCCGCCCGGCGCGGUGGUUACGGGCCCCGGCGCAGAAGCAGGAGCCGCUCCCGCUCCGGGGACCGGUACCGGCGGGGCGGCCGGGGCCCCCGGCACCACAGCAGCAGCCGCAGCCGCAGCAGCUGGUCCCUCAGCCCGUCCCGCAGCCGCAGCCCGUCCCGUAGCCGCAGCCGCAGUCCGUCCCGCAGCCGCAGCCGCAGCCCGAGCCGCAGCCGCAGCCGCUCGCCGUCGCCCCCGAGGGAGAAGCCCACCAGGCCGCCGGCGUCCCCCGCUGUGGGCGAGAAGCUGAGAAAGACCGAACCUGCCGCUGGUAAAGAGACAGGAGCUGCCAAACCUAAGCUGACGCCGCAGGAGAAGCUGAAGCUGAGGAUGCAGAAAGCACUGAACAGGCAGUUCAAGGCGGAUAAGAAGGCGGCCCAGGAGAAGAUGAUACAGCAGGAGCAUGAGCGCCAGGAGCGGGAAGAUGAGCUUCGAGCCAUGGCCCGCAAGAUCCGCAUGAAGGAGCGGGAGCGCAGAGAGAAGGAGCGAGAGGAAUGGGAGCGCCAGUACAGCCGGCAGAGCCGCUCACCCUCCCCCCGUUACAGUCGAGAAUACAGCUCUUCCCGAAGGCGCUCGAGGUCCCGGUCUCGAAGUCCCCAUUACCGACAUUAGGCAGAAGCGGGGCGGGGGGGGCCAGGGGGAUGGGGGGGUGAGGGCUCAGGCUGUGAUGCUGCUGGUUUUGUCUCUAAUGAAAUAAAAUCACUCGUUAUUUAAUUCCCUU